UUUAACAUGUUUUAAAUUGUUUUAAACAAUUUGCGUCUUAUUUUGUGUUGUCAUUUUCUAUAUACAUGUAAUAUGGUAUGGUAUGAUAUUGUAUUGUAUAUUGUAUUCCUCACCCCCAAAUUUCUGAACACAUUUGUAAAUGUUUUAACUGUUUCAUUAAUAUAUAUUUUAUUUUUUAGGGUAAAAAAGCAGGUGGCUUCCGGUUUGUGUAUUUUUAGGAACUGCGUGACACUUGACGCGGCAGAGCUCCCGUUCUCAGUCUCGAUCAACACAAGUCAGUUGUUUGUUGCUGGAAGCUACGAAAGACACCUGAGCAGUACCAGCGAUUACGUCAACCUCCAGCUGCAACUUAAUGAGCAGUUUGUCAUUUUUUAGUCCAAUUGGCGGCUCCUGUCCGACCUCCGCUGCAGCCGUGUUCCUGGCGAAUGCUUUUCUUCAAUUGUCAGACUUCAACUCGCGGAGCUCAUUCUCCAGGAAGAUAAAAAAAACGGAUAAAGAAAUUAAGCCAAAAAGUAAAGGGAACCGCGGCAGUACGGGGGGAUAAGACAUGUGUGGUUUCUCUGCUCUGUGUCUUCUGAAGAGCGAGUCCAACACAAGGCUGUAGUUUCUCUCCAAGAGGCGAGGAAUGCGAUCUGAGCAUCAAUGUUUCACUGGGGCAAGUGGAAGAAGAGGAUGGGGGCCAACAGUUCCUCAAAGAGACCAGUGUUCGAUGAAAAGGAAGAUGUGAACUUUGAUCACUUCCAGAUAUUGAGGGCCAUUGGGAAAGGCAGCUUUGGAAAGGUGUGCAUCGUGCAGAAGAGGGACACGGAGAAGAUGUACGCCAUGAAGUACAUGAACAAACAGCAGUGCAUAGAGAGAGAUGAGGUCCGAAACGUCUUUAGAGAGCUUGAGAUCCUACAGGAAAUUGAACAUGUUUUUUUAGUAAAUCUCUGGUACUCCUUCCAGGACGAGGAGGACAUGUUCAUGGUGGUGGACCUCCUGCUGGGAGGAGACCUGCGCUAUCACCUGCAGCAGAGCGUUCAGUUCAGUGAAGAGGCUGUCAAGCUCUACCUCUGUGAGAUGACCCUGGCGCUGGACUAUCUGCAGAGCCAGCACAUCAUCCACAGAGACGUCAAGCCAGACAACAUCCUUCUGGAUGAGAGAGGUCACGCUCACUUGACAGACUUUAACAUCGCAACAAUAAUAAAGGACGGAGAACGAGCCACUGCCCUGGCUGGAACCAAACCUUACAUGGCCCCAGAGAUUUUCCAUUCCUUUGUAAACGGAGGAACGGGCUACGCCUUUGAAGUCGACUGGUGGUCACUAGGGGUGACAAUCUUUGAAGUGCUGCGUGGAUGGAGGCCCUACGACAUCCAUUCCAGUAACUCAGUGGAGUCUUUGAUCCAGCUCUUCAGCACAGUCAGUGUGCAGUACAGUCCAGCCUGGCCCAAGGACCUGGUUUCUCUGCUGAGGAAGCUGCUGACGGUGAACCCAGAGCACCGUUUCUCCAGUCUGUCUGACAUGCAGACAUCUCCCUACCUCGCUGACAUCAACUGGGAUGCUGUUAAUGAAAAGAAGAUGGAGGCUGGAUUUGUCCCCAAUAAAGGUCGCCUCCACUGCGACCCCACCUUUGAGCUAGAGGAAAUGAUCCUGGAGUCUCGUCCCCUGCACAAGAAGAAGAAGAGGUUGGCCAAGAACCGCUCGCGAGACAACAGCAAGGAUUCACAGUCUGAGAACGACUACUUACAGGAGUGCCUUGAAGUGGUCCAGCAAGAGUUCAUGAUCUUCAACCGGGAGAGGUUAAAAAAGCGUCAGGAAGAGGGACAAACGGAGGCGGGGGCCGAUGACGCCAGUGGAGACGGGGAUGGAGAAGCCGAAGCCGGGGCCACGGAUGACGAUGCAGCUGAGCCAGAAGCUGAAGCGGGAACUGAAGCCGAACCAGAGUCCUCCUCCAAACUGAGCAUGUGCGGCUCGGUGUGUUCGUCCCCCAGCAGCUGCUAGCGCCACAACUCCUCACAGUGACCAUUGCGGGUCUCUCUGGCCACUGCAGUGUUAGUGCCAUAGCAGUAGUUACAGUCUCACCUUUCUCCUUCUAUUGUAGCUCAGCGUGGAGGAAAUGCACAGCAGGACCUGACGUGGCUCCCGGCAUUUCCUUCAUCCUUAUGUUUUGUAGCAUCCUUCCAAUAAGGCAUGAAUGGAGCAGAAUUCCUGAGAGCCCCCACCUAGUGUAUUCACCCCUCCCUCCAGGGUAAACUCUAACUUCUAUGCAACGUUAUAGUACAGCAUGAUAAAUAAGGUUUCUCUUCUGAGUAGGUGUUGUUUGUGAGCAUGAUGACACUGGGAGCAAGAGCGGUGCAGGCUUCCUGCAGGCUGGGUGGUUCAAUGGCCACGCCUCCCCUUUCAAAAUAUGAUGAGAAGGACUGAAUUAUUCAUCACAAUUAUCCUGUAACAUGUAACAUGUAACAUGUAACAUGUUGACUGGUUCAGGAAAACUGUUUUCCUCUAUUUUUUUUCCUCCAGCUUUUGAAAGGCAUUUUAAAAAUACCAAUUCAGUUGAGUUUGCCAAAACAUUGUGGCUUGUUUAUGGUUGGUUAAAGUGGUGCCUGGCAAUGAUACAUAAUUGGUGUUAGCUAUUACCUGUGUAGCAGUGGAUGCAUUAUGGGUAAGAAUGCUUAUUUGAUUUUUUUCUUUCCUUUUUUAUUGUUUUAUUUUGAAGGGAGAGCAGUAUUUUUGGAUUUAGUGUUGUCAUUUGCAGAGCAUGUAGCUCCCCUUCCCUGGUAUAGUAUGAACUGAAGUUGUGAUAUAUGCCCUGGAUGUGGUUGAAAAAAUAUUGUUGUACUUGGUUCAGAGUGUCAGAAAGUUGGAAAGAAAGAAAAUAGGAAAAAAAGAAAAAAACAAUUCCAAUCAUCAUUUCUUCAGUGGAAAAUGUGACUAAUACAAUGUUGCAUUUUGCAAACAAAUUUGGAAACUGCUGGUGUGGGCCAGCAUAGCAGCAGAUGGGCACGUCCUCAGUUGUCUACUAAAUUAACGUAGGAGAUUAUCAUUUCAUAGUUCUUUGUUUGUUUUUUUAAUCCCACGUACGGUUACCCUGAGAGUUCCAUUUUACUGGGAUUUUGUAAAAAUCACUAUAAAAGGAUCUGCUCAUCACUAUUUCUGUAGUUAUAAUGGAACACAGAAGUUUAGCCCCCUGUAGGAACGUCAGACUCUGCUGUGUGAAAUGAGUGGAGAUAAUCCCCAGUCACAUCAUUUCAUGGUGAAUUAGAGAGCACUCCUUAAAAACAUCAUCACUCCUUUUUGUUUUCUGAAGAACAAAAAGUCUCAGAGUGAAGUUUAUUUUUUGGCGCUUCACAUCAAUGUGUAGCUGCGUCCUGUUAAUACUAUAGACAUAAAACAGAACAGUUGAUAAGAUCGUGUGACAGUGAAGGUGGCACCAUCGGUCUCAGUCUGAAUACCUGGGAACAAGUAGCAAAAGUCCACCAUGACCCCCUUCUCCCCCACCCCCCAAAAUCCCUAAUAAGAAUAACACCAUGUAUAUAGCAUAGAGUGUAGGUAAAUAAACUCACCACAGUUUUAUGUGGGACUGCAAACUGAACAUGUAACCCAGAGGAAGAGCCGCGUGAAGCUGUGCACCGCUUCACUCCACUCCUCCUUUUGUUUUUGUUUUUUGUUUUCCAAGUGUGCAGGCACAACUUGUAGGCAGAAUAUGCCAAAGCUUUUCUACCAUUUGCAUAACCAUUUCUAAGGACCUUCCAGUGUGUGAAUGUAUGUCAUAAAGUCAGGAUUCCUUCAGCCAGUGAAAAAAACGAAUCAUUUAUACAAUCAUAUUGUGCUUAUGUAAAAAGCGUAUCCUUUAGGUGAAGUGUGUUCUUUUUUUGUUUAUCUUGACAAAAAAGUGAAAAGAUUGAUACCACCACUGCCACGAUGUGGAGCUGCAGCUGAGAGGUGAUAUUCUGACAAAAAGGAUGUCAGAAAAUAAAAUAAAGUAACCAAAGUAGUACCAAAUUUGUCACCUCACUUGCAGUAGAGUCCAGGUCUGACUUGAUGCUCCAG